AUGGCACACGCUCUCUCCAGAGAAGUAAAGUCGCUGUUCAAAUCCUUCCGUUCUCCCGCUCCUGAAUCUCUCCAUCGCCCUGAUGCCGUGUUGAAGCAGGCCGACAUCACUGGCAACACCACAGAGAGCUUUUCUGCUGCUCAAUCACCAACCUCGUUGGAGCAACCCGUCCUCAUCGAACUCUUCCAGUCCCAAGGCUGCAAUUCCUGCCCUCCCACCAACGACAACCUCAUCUCUUUCGUGCAAUCCCAUCAGUCCUCACAACAAUCUCCAUCUCCGCUACGUUUUUACGCCAGCCGAUCCCUGUCUUCUUCCCCAACCACCGUCUCAAAUUCGUCUCCCGGACCCGAGUACUUGUUGCUCACGUACCAAGUAACGUAUUGGAACUAUCUCGGCUGGGAAGACACUUUCAGCUUACCCAUCAACGACGUCCGGCAGCGAGAAUAUGUGAGAAGGAUGGGUUUGCGCGGGGCGUACACUCCGAUGGUGGUGGUGAAUGGGCGAGGCGUCGGCGUGGGUAACACUAGGGGAGAUUUCGAGCGGAUUCUACGGGACGGACAAAAGUCCGGGGGUGAGACGGAGAAGGUGAGUAUCAAGGGUCUGUUAGAAGGGGACGAAGGCGGAGAGCUGGUACUCGAGAUUGACGCGACGAACCUCCCACCGUCAUACUCGCAAUCUGCUGCCCAACAAAUCGAGGUAUGGGAAAUAGCAUACACCCCCAUAUCGCAAGAUGUACAUAUCCCGCGCGGCGAGAAUGCAGGUCGCACACUCCCACAUCUCAACGUCGUCAGGGACGUGCGAAGACUGGGAUCCCUUGAGCGUGGGACAAAGGCGCAUUUCCAGAUCCCACGGCAUAGUGAUAGACGGGCAAGCUUUGGGCAGGGGAAGGUGGUGAUCGUGCAGGACGGCAAGGGCGGUGGGAUCUGUGGUCUUUUGAGAAUGUGA